AUGUACCCCUCUCCUAAGGUUGAACAUCAUAGUGAGAAGGAUGACGAUUCCUCUAGAUCUGUGAAGGACAUGGUUGCUGAAGGUUUGUGCUCUCUAGGGAAAAUUGUGUCUGGUAAAGGAAAAUAUGUGGCAUCUACAACUGCGAAUGCUUCCCAUUCUGAGAAGCAUGAUGCUGCAAACAAUGUGAUUGACCUAGAGGAUGAUAGUGUGGCUAAGCGUAUGAAGACUAGAAAAGGAAGAUUUGUGGUUGAAAUGAUGUCAGCUAAAACAACUAAGAAGACUACUGGUGUUGGUCCUUCCAAAUCAUGGAGCAAGGUUGAUGUGAAAAAGAGGAAGGUUAGAGAAGUUUCUGAAUCUGACGAAGAUGUUGAGGAAGAUGUCCCUGACAUCUCCCCUGUGAAGAGGACCACUGUGAGGAAGUCCCUUGUGAAAGUUGUUGUUGUGCCUUUGGAUAAUAUCUCUUUCCAUCUUGAAGAUGAAGCUGCCAAAUGGAAAAUUUUUAUUCAAAGAAGGGUGGCUAUAGAGAGGGAGUUAGGAAAGGAUGCUGUUGAAGUCAAACAGAUCAUGAACCUAAUAAAGACUGUUGGGUUGAUGAAGACUGUGGAUGGGUUAUCUCAAUGCUAUGAGGGUUUGGUUAAGGAAUUCAUUGUCAAUAUUCCUGAGGAUAUUGCUAUUAAGAACAACAAGGAAUUUUGCAAAGUAUUUGUGAGAGGUAAGUGUAUCACAUUCUCCCCCACUAUCAUUAACAAUUUUUUGGGAAGAAGAGUUGAGGGUGCAGGUGACUUAGAAGCUACAGACAAUGAGGUCUGUAGAGAAAUUACAGCAAGGCAGGUGAAAGGGUGGCCUAUUAAGAAGCAUCUCCUUGCUGGGAAGUUGACUGUCAAGUAUGCCAUAUUGCAUAAAAUAGGAUAUGCAAAUUGGGUUCCUACCAACCAUAUUUCCACAAUUUCUAAUACCCUUGGAAGAUUUAUCUUUGCUGUUGGGACCAAACUAAAAUUUGACUAUGCCUCAAAAGUUAGAACUAUUGCUAAGCUGAAGGAGACGUGUAAAGAGAUGGGUGAAGGGAUAAGGGUAGCAACAACUAGGAAAAAAUCGUUGGAAGCCCUGGUUUCAAGCUUUGAGCGAGUUGAAGGUGAGAAUAUUGAACAUGCUAAGGAAGUUGAAGCCCACACCUCUAGUGAGAGGUCUGCAACUGAUGAUGAGUCAAGUGGCAAUUCUAAUUCUGGUGCUGAUGAAGCUACAAGCUCAAGCUCCUCUGAUUAG